AUGUCAAAAAGUAUAUUUAUAUCUACUCUUGUUAAUGGUGAAAAAAUUAACCGAACAUUUUUGAUUUACUCAGAAAGUAAAAGAUCAAUAUUUUGUGCUCCCUGCUAUUUAUUUGGUGGCACUACAUCGUUUGCCACAGUUGGUUUUUCAGAUUGGAAAAAAGGAGAAGAAAAAAUCAAGCGUCAUGAAAAUUCACAACACCACAAAUUGUGUGUAAUGAAUAUGAAAGAAAGAAAAGAAGUAUUAAAUCGAGUUGAUCAAAAGCUAAAGUAUCAAGUAGAAACAGAAAUAAAUUAUUGGAAAAAUGUAUUGACAAGAGUUGUAGCUGUUGUGAAAUCCCUUUCUUCUCGUGGAAUGUCUUUUAGAGGUGAUGAUGACCGUUUUGGAUCUGUUCAUAAUGGGAACUUUAUGAUGAGCUUAGAGCUUAUUGCUCAGUUUGAUCCUUUUUUAGCACAACACAUUGAGAAGUUUGGAAAUAAAGGAAAAGGUUCAACAUCAUACCUAUCAUUUAAUAUAUAUGAGCAGUUCAUAAGUAUAAUGGCAGAUAAUGUUAUUCAACAAAUGGUGAAAGAAAUAAAGGAAGCUAAAUACUUUUCCAUCAGUAUUGAUUCUACUCCUGACAUUAGCCAUGUAGAUCAACUGUCAUUCAUUUUUCGGUAUGUUCAAAAGAAUGGCUGUCCGGUAGAAAGAUUUUUAGGGUUUUUACCUAAUUCUGGUCAUAAAUCUGAAGAAUUAGCAGAUGCUGUAUUUUUAGUUUUAGAAUCGCAUGGAUUAGAUAUUAAUAAUUGUCGUGGUCAAAGUUACGACAAUGCGUCUAAUAUGCCUGGUAGAUACACAGGACUUCAAGCUCGCAUUAAAAAAGUUAAUCCUUUAGCAACAUUUGUACCAUGCUCGGCACACUCUUUAAAUCUUGUUGGUGAGUGCGCUGUGGACUGUUGUAUUUAUGCUUCUGAAUUUUUUAUUCUGCUUCAAAAUAUUUAUAAAUUUUUCAGUGCCUCUACUUAUAGAUGGGAAAUACUUCAGAAGAAUUUGAUUAAAACAGAAAAUGUAUCUCUUAAAAAACUAUCAGAUACCAGAUGGUCAGCAAGAUCUGAUGCAAAUGAUAAAACAGAAAAAUCUAUUACAAGAUCAGAAGCUAACGGGCUAUAUUUAAAACUGGAUAGUCUUGAAACAGCUAUAAUGGCCACAUUAUGGGGCGAUAUACUAGAGAGAUUCAACAAAACUAGCAAACAAUUGCAGUCAGUUGAGAUUGAUUUAGAAACAGUUGUAAGUUUAUACGAAUCUUUAAUUCGAUAUGUAUUAGAUUUAAGGAAUUCAAACGCGCCUACGUUUUACGACUUUAAGGAAAGUCGUUCAAACAAUUAA